AUGAUCUGGGUGCUCUGGGCCACCUUGCUGGGCACCGCCAGGGCGGUGCUUCUUACUCUGCGUGGUGCUAGUUCGGCCGAUCCAACGCCACCGCCACGCUGGGUGCUAGUCGCCGAGAGCAGACCGCUACAAGACCAUCGAUUCGAGCUUGGUCGCGAUGGCUUGAUACUCGGCCGCGAUCCCGAAAGCUGUCAGUUGAUCUAUGCCGAAGAGACCGUCUCGCGCCGCCACGCCCAAUUCCGACCGAGCGACCACGGCGUCGAAGUCACCAACCUCUCGGCCACUAACCGAACAUACGUCAACGGCGAGCCGGUGUCACGCACCGUCAUCCACGCCGGUGACUCGAUUCGAAUCCACGACCUCGAGCUACGGCUAGUCGACGAAGCCGUCCCCGGCUAG